CCCACCAUACAAAGGCUGAAGCUGAACCUUGAUUAUCGGAGCUUAACAGCUUUAACUUUUUACACAUCCCCUACGUAUUUAUACCUAGCCCACUUCUACUUCGACACCCCGAACGACCAAAUCGCCCACCAUGGCCGCCCACGUAACCUCGCCCAACGAGCCGUUCCCGCGAGCCGACCACAUGGCACAAGCGACGACCUCGCACCGGCAAGGCAACUUCGUCAUCUACUCGCGCAAGCUGCCCAUCUCCAAGGCCGGGCCCAUCGACGCCAUGGAGCGGUCCCUCGGCAUCCCCGUGCCGGAGAUGAUCUUCGGCGACAACGUGGUGGCGGUACGGCACGCGCCGACGGGCUGGGGCAUCGAGUUCAACGCGUACGACGCGCUCGACGCCGUCGACAAGACCGACCGCAAUAUGCUGCAGGUCGCGUACGCGAAGAGCUGGAGCGCGAGCAGGGAGCAGACGAGCGCGGGCAUCAAGGAUGUGGUUAAGCCGUACGAUUGGAGCUAUAGCACGGAGUAUAAGGGCACUGUUAUAUCGGGGCCGGGGGCGGCAGCGUCGAACUUACCCCCGCCGUCGCCGCCGCCGCCACCUGGUUCGGGUGUUGGCGCCUCUGAGGCGUCAGCUACGGUUACCGCGAACCCUGCAGACGGCGGGAACGCAAGUUCUUCCGAAUCAACUCAAGGAAAUGCGCCCGGCCAGAACAAGCUAGCCUUCGCACCCUCAUCCAAACCCAUACCCAUCGAGCUGCUCAAGCGCCGCGACCCGAUCCUGUUCUUCGACGAGGUGAUGCUGUACGAGAGCGAGCUCGACGACAACGGCAUCAGCGUCCUGAGCGUCAAAGUCCGCGUCCACGAGCAGCGCAUGCUGCUCCUGGCCCGCCUGUUCAUGCGCCUGGAUAACGUCCUCGUGCGCAUCCGGGAUACCCGCGUCUACGUCGAUUUCGCGGCGGAGGAGGUCACGCGCGAGUAUACCGUUAAGGAGGCGGGGUUUGGGGAGGUUAAGAGUAAACUCCUGAUGACGGGACUUGUCCCCGAUGCUAUAACGGUAGCAAUGCGCGAUGCAAACAAGAUCGCCGAUUUACUUCCUACUGUCGGACAGACUUUGGAAAGUGUUUCGUUGAAAUUAUGAAAUCAUGAUGGGUAAUGCUGGAUAGCUCCUUGAAAAGAGGAUUCCUCGGAUUAGAGGCUGCGGCGCAUACGAAUAGUGUAAGAUUAGAGGUUGACUGGCUGGCCAAUUUACGAGCUCUCAGAUACAUGCAUGGAUUGGCGUUUAACGGAUGGGCAUGGCUAGGGCCCGGCUCUUUCUAGCGUCACGUUUGCGGGUAGAUGCGCUGCUGAUCUGUUACAUGGAUAUAGGUUCCAUAGGUAAGACUACACAAUGAAAUCAUCGCGAUGCAUAGCAA